UGGCAUUUUGAAUUGAAACCGGCAACGCCAUUUUCUUUUCGUUUGGAAUUCGUUAACGGUAGGCAUUUCAUAAGUUCAACUGAUUAGUUACCGGUGAUUACUUGUAAACGAAAGUACAAAAUCUGUGUACAACAAUGUCCGACAAAAGUGAGCCCGAACAAUUUCGUAAACUCUUUAUUGGUGGCCUUAACUAUAAAUCAACGGAAGAAUCUUUAAAGGCUCAUUUUGAAAAAUGGGGUGAGAUAGUUGAUUGUGUCGUUAUGCGAGAUCCACACACUAAAAAAUCGCGUGGAUUCGGCUUCAUCACCUACAAGCGAGCUCAUAUGGUGGACGAUGCUCAAGCGGCCAGACCUCACAAAAUCGACGGCAGAGAAGUAGAACCCAAGCGUGCUGUACCACGAGAGGAUUCUGGUAAACCUGAAGCUCAGGUAACUGUAAACAAACUUUAUGUGAGUGGCUUGAAAGAGUUAGGCGAAGAAGAUCUUCGGGAAUAUUUUGUUACCUACGGUAAUAUUGUGAGUGUAAAUGUUGUUGUGGAUAAAGCAACUGGUAAGAAACGAGGUUUUGCUUUUGUAGAAUUUGAUGACUAUGAUCCUGUGGACAAAAUUGUGCUUCAAAGGCACAACUGCAAAGGUCAGCGACUUGAAGUUAAAAAAGCCCUUUCUCGAGAAGAAAUGAAUAAAAUAAAGAGCAAAGACAUGGGUGGUUAUGGUGGACGUGGAGGCAGAGGUGGGCCUAACUCUGGUCGAGGUGAAUGGCGUACUGCAGAUGAAUUUGAUCGUGGCUACGGAGGUGGAUAUGGUGGUGGCUACAACAGUGGUGGUUAUGGUGAUAGUUAUGGAAAUGGUGGUGGCGGCGGCUGGGGAAGCAACUCUUAUAAUGAUGACUAUUCCAACUCCGGAGGUUGGGGAGGAGACUAUGGAGACUCGAGUUACGGUGGUGGUCCAAUGAGAGGAAGUGGGGGCUAUACUCAGCGAAGUCAAGGUCCAUAUGGCAGUCGUGGUUCUGGAGGUUAUGGACGAAGAUAAGCUAGUAAUAACAUUUAUCAUGAUCUUUCAUAUUGUCAUGCAUCUUCUUCACGUGACAUAUUUUGUGUAAUGAAUUUUUUAUCUUAGCAUCAUUUUUUAGCUACACAAUCAAACCAGUCUUGAAAGAUUGUCCUCAAAUCAUUUUUUGUGAGUAUUCAGUUCAAUACUUGCUACCAAGGUGGUAAUAAAUUUUAUAUUGGAAUUUG